AAAUACCAAGAAAAGCUCCCUUUCUCCUCUCCCCUUUCGUCCUCCUCCUUUCUCACCGAGGAUCACCAGCAGCGUCAGCACCAGAAAUUCUCCUCCAUGAGGUUGGGAUCCCUCCCGCCGCUCUCCCUCCUCGCGCUCCUCCUCUCCGUCGCCCUCCAGUCCGACGCCAAUGCGUUCGCAUCCCCCACUGAUAACAUCGUGAAGCAGCUCUCCUCCGUGGUCAAGUGGCCGCGGGGCUCUGCUUCCCCCAACUCGCCCAAGCAGUCCCCGCACUCCCAGUAUGAUGGGAACGUGGCAGUGCAAUUUGAGAGUGGCUACCUUGUAGAGACGCUUGUUGAAGGAGAUCUGCUUGGCGUCACGCCGCACACCAUUAGAGUAUCCCCAAUCGAAGGGGGAGAGCUCCUUGCAGUUGACUCGGCACAUAGUAACAUUGUGCGAAUAACCCCGCCGCUGUCAGAAUAUAGUAGGGGAAGAUUGGUUGCUGGUUCUUUCCAGGGCCAUGCAGGUCAUAUAGAUGGUAAACCGAUUGAUGCAAGAUUCAAGCGCCCCACAGGUGUUGCUGUCGAUGAUACAGGGAACGUCUAUAUUGCAGAUACAGCAAACUUGGCAAUCAGAAAGAUUGGGGAGUCAGGAGUAACCACUAUUGCUGGGGGAAAAUCCAAUAUCCCAGGUUAUAGGGAUGGCCCCAGUGAAGAUGCAAAGUUCUCCACUGAUUUUGACGUUGUAUAUGUGAAAAAAAUGUGCUCAUUAUUGGUCAUUGACCGUGGAAAUGCCGCCCUUCGAAAAAUUGCCCUUCCACAAGAAGACUGUACUUACCAGGAUGCUGCACUUCUGUCUUUAGAUAUCAUACUGGUUAUUGGUGCCGUUGUGGCUGGAUAUGUAUUUUCUGUGGUACAACAUGGAUUUGGCCCGUCAAGUUCAGAAAAGAUGGAAGCACCUGAAGAUGGGAAACAAGAGAGCAGCACCACUGGAAAGCCACCAUUGGUUGUGGAGAGCCUCAAAGAGGAACCGAGCGCCGGAUGGCCGUCUUUCGGGACACUCGUUGCUGACCUACUGAAGCUUUCCGUGGAAGGAGUGGGGAGUCUCCUCCUCAACAUCGUCCCGCUACGCCUGCAACACAUGAAGAGAAAAACAGGCCUCACUCCUCUCAAAGACAGGCUCGUGAUGCCUGAGGAUGGAGAGCAGGCACCAGCAGCCCAGAAGCUAAGCAACACCCCGAUGAGGCCCGAGACGCUCCAUGCUCCUAAUGCCGAUGGCGAGACCGCGGCGAAGGGUCAGAAGAGCGUCAAACCAUCCAAGUUCAGGGACUCUACUCUGUCGAGCAAGCACCGGUCUACCAAGAGGCAGGAGUACGCCGAGUUCUACGGCUCGGCGGAGACGCCUCAAGCGAGCGCGAAGGUUCCGAAAGACCGGCUCCGCCACCGCAGCAGCCACCGGGAGAAGAGUGGCGAGGUGGGCUAUGGCACCGGGCGUCCGGAGCCAAGGGCUGCUGAGGUGAAACCGGCGGAGUACAGCGACCCGAAGUAUGAGCAGUACAACAUGAGGAGCAAGUAUGGUGCUGACAGCGGCGGAUUCAGGUACUGAUUGGUGCAAGCAAUGGCGGGUGGUCGCCGUCGUUGAUGCCGACGGUGUCUUUGGCCAUUUGUCUACCCCCAGUUUACUAGAAGCAGAAAUGUGUGACCGUCUCCCUCCUUUCCGCCCACAAGAUGUGGCAGGUAAAAUUAGUGUAGCUGUUUAGGUGGGGGAGAACCUACAUCGUCGGUUGGCAUCUCAUGUGCGAUUUCAGCAAGCCGGAUGUAACUGUCGCGGAGAGCAACCUGUAGCCUAGUUAGUAAAUUUGAACUGCUACACACAUGACAGGUGUGUGAGAAGUCGAUUCUGAACUGGAGAACACAAACUUUCCUGCCUGCGUUCUCCCGUUUCA